AUACACGCGCGCGUUCCGUGUGUAAUGUCAUGACACACAUGUGACGUUGAAACCACCAGAUUUAUGGUGUCAGAAAAUCGGUUCGGUAAAUUGAACUUGGUUUUUUGUCUGUGGCGCUUAAAUUAUUUUGCAAAAUUCCAUUACAUCCCAAACGAAAAUUGUAUUUUCUUUUCUUGUCCUAAUGAUAACUAAUUACCAACUGAUCGACUCAUUAGUGCAUUCUUUGAGCGUAUCAAUAUAGAGUGAGACUAACGGACAUUGCUGUGGCUCAUUAAUAACGUUCAUUCAUACGUAUAAACAAGCUAUCUGGCGUUUCAACCUUGCUCAUAUCGUGCCCAUUGAUUUUAUAUUUAAAUUGUGCAUUUUGUUUUUAUUACAAUAACAUGCUUUGCUAUUUCAACGCAAUCGAUGAUCGAAAGAGAAGCAUUUUAGUGAAGUGAGAAGCGAUUCUAGAGCGCAGAAGAAAAAUCAUUUUAUUGUUAUUUUUUUCCGAAUUGUAUUGUUAUACUAUUUGUCAAUGUAAAGAUAAACGUUCAAAUUGUACACACAAUAAUAAAAACCAAAAAAUCAUGACGUUGUUGAGUAAAAUAAGCAACAUAAACCCAAUAUCACACACAACCUCCACACAAAAGGUGAUCUUAGCAUCUUUAACAGCUGGGGUUGUUUUGUUAAGUGUUUUGGCUCGAUAUUUAGGCCGUCGGAAAACUUCUCGACCCGUUCGCCGUCCAAGAAUUGUUAACAGUGGUCGACGCACCAGGAACAGUAUGAGGUCGCCAAAUGAUAUAUUAUCUUUAGCUGGAUCUAAAGUAUCGGCGCGUUCCAUAUCGCCUGGUGGUUCCGUUGUUGCUCUUUCUGAUCGCCUUUCCCUAGCAUCCGGUUCAUUACCUGGUGCAGCACACGAUAAUCCACUAUCUCCACAGCAGCUCGGUGUUAUGGGGAUGGAAGCUCUAGAAACAGUUAUUAACUUUUGGGAGGAUGCACUCGUUGCAUAUGAAACACCGACCACACCAGAAGAAUCGGAAUUCUGUCGUGAAAUUCAGAGUUUAUUGGAUCUUGCCUGGCAACUGCAAGAUCAAAGCGAACUACUGUUUCUUGACCAACGAUCAAUACUAUUCCGGAAUAGCAGCCAUGCCAAUGAUAUAAAUGCCCUGCAUCGAUCUUUGUCAGAUCCGAAUUUCGAUUCGGCUGAAAGUUUUGCAUCCGCUCUUGAUCAGAUCGCUGAUAUUAGAGAGUUUGAAGAGUUUGCCGACACGAUACCAGACAUGGAACGAUACCCAUUGUAUCAAAGUGCAAUAAGACACUUAGAAGAGACUCCAAUUCCGGUUCGCAUGAUGCGCACAGAAAUGGUUAACUGUGCAUCAGAUUUGGAGUACCUAGCCAAAUUACACUGUAUUCGUUUAGCAUUUCAAUAUCUGUUCAAAGAAGAAUCAACCGGACGAUGGGUCGCUGAUACUGGUCGUCAAAUUUUGACGGAUCUUUUAUUGUAUGGUGAUAGAGAUCCAAAGGACUUUUUAGUUGGAUAUGAAGCAAUGUUAGACUUUUUACAAGACCAAAAUAAUUGGCCAGCUAUUGAAAAGGAACUGGAGGCUAGAAAUGUAAAAGCCCUGACCUUUUAUGAUGUGGUUCUAGAUUUUAUAAUUCUUGAUGCGUUUAGAGAUUUGGAUGCACCGCCGGCAAGUGUGACAGCCGUAGUGAAUAAUCGAUUCUUAUCCAAUGGAUUCAAAGAAACGGCAUUGACAACCGCUGUUUGGUCUGUUUUGAAAGCGAAACGUCGUAUGUUAAAAUACUCAAAUGGUUUCAUGGCACAUUUCUAUGCCAUAUCCGAGCAAAUAUCGCCGAUGAUGGCCUGGGGAUUUUUCGGUCCCAAUGAGAAUUUGAGCGAAGUAUGCCACUACUUCAAAGAUCAAACGAUGGGAUUCCUGAAUGACAUUUUCAAUUUCCAAAAGUGUCGAUACACAACGGUCGAAGAAUUAUCGGCCGACAUUUACCAAGAAAUGAAGAAUCGUGUAGCCAAUAUAAGCGUUAAAUUUAGCCAGUAAGCCUUAUGAACAGACACAAACGCAUCAAUAGUAUGGAAUUUAUUUGCCAAAAUUGACCAAUACACAAACUGAAUAUAUUAAACGAACAAAUAAAGAUGUAAUUGUAGAAUCGAACGAGAGUAAAAAAAAAGACGUACAGAUACAAAUGCAAUUUCAUUGAACUUGAAUCAUGAUUUGUGCUAAAACUUGUUCAAUCAGUAUCACUCACAUGAAUUAUAUUAUAUCUUUUAAACAAUGACAUCCAAAAAAUCAGCUGUAGAUGACAUCGUCUUUGUGAUGGAUAAAAAAAAAUGUACACAUUCAUUCUGAUCUGAUUCUGAAUAAAGCAUUCCAAUGUCUCAAAAAAGGAACGUCAUGCGUCGAACGAAAGACAAAAAAAGAACCGCUCCAUAAUAA